UCUGAAAAUGUCUUUAUCUGUAUCUCGUCCAGAGUCGCUCUUGCGACCAUUAGUAAUCCCUCGCUUGACAAUGAUGGGGCCUGGUCCUGUCGCUUGUGCACCUCGUGUCGUGGCGUCUUUCAGCCAUCAGAUGCUUCCCACAUAUGCAUGCAACGACAGUCUGGUGGACAUCAUGAAACAAGUGCGACAGGGCUUGCAAUACGUUUUCCAAACCAACAACCAGCAUACGUUUGCUGUAAGCGGCGCCGCUCAUGCAGCUUUGGAAUGCGCCCUGUUGAAUACGUUGGAACCUGGAGAGGUCGUACUAGUAACUGUUCAUGGACUGUGGGGAGAGCGAGCUAGUGAGAUUGCAGAGAGACAUGAUGCUAAAGUGAAACAAAUCAGGAAAGACUUAGGCCAGGUCUUCACACUAGAAGAACUUCAACAGGGUUUAGAAGAACACAGACCAGCCAUUCUGUUUAUGACUCAUGGCGAGUCUACUGGCGGUACUCUACAACCAUUAAAAGGAGUGGGAGAACUAUGUCAUAAGUAUAACUGUUUAUUAGUUAUCGACGCAGUUGCCACAGUGGGUGCCAUUCCUUUCUUCAUGGAUGAAUGGGGAAUUGAUGUUGUUAUCACUGGAGCACACAAGUGUCUUGGUGGUCCUGUUGGGGUGUCUCCUAUUUCUUUCAGCACUCGAGCAUGGAAGAAAAUUGAGACUCGAGUCACUAAGAUCAGAUCGUUUUACUUAGACGCAAAGCUGCUAGCACAAUGCUGGGGAGCAAUGGAACCUAUGAAGUACCACCACACUUGUCUACCUAUCAAUGUAUAUGGACUGAGAGAAGCACUAGCAAUGAUCACAGAAGAAGGACUAGAAGCAGUAUGGACAAGGCAUUCUAUCAACUCUGAACAGCUGUGGAGUGGUUUAGAGAAACUUGGCCUUCAUAUGUACGUUGAAAACAAGGAUUACAGACUCGCAACUGUGUCGCUUAUUUGUGUUCCUGAUGGUGUCGACUGGCGUGCUGUGGUUGAUUACAUUAGAGAAAAACAUAUGUUACAGAUAGAAGGCUCUUUGGGUCCUCUCGGCGGAAAGGUGUGGCGAAUUGGUAUGAUGGCAUACAACAGUUCUCCAUAUAAUGUUGAAUUGGCAGUCAAUGCAAUGAAAGAUGCUCUGGAAACAUUAAAGGCAUAAAAGGCAUGUUUGAAAGACAUGAUAUGACUAUCCAUUGACUUCGUGCUGAUGAUCAUUACAGUACAGUAGAGUUAAGUCUCUACAUCUGAGGUACUUGUCUUUGUUAAUGUAGCAUAUCAAUUAAAGGGUAAUGUGUAAUUGUUAUAUUGUGUUGUGCAAGAGCAAUUUCGCUUGCAGAGGCCUGGAUUUGCUCUUGUUUAAUGUUAGAAACGCCUUGCUUACAAAUUGUAAGCACAACAGGCAUUCGAUCACACGUUCCCGUCUGGCUAUGGACUACCUCAUCUCUUAGUAUAGAAGCAUCUACGUGUUUCUAUAGAAACGUUUGUUUUGGGGUGAUUUGUGUAGGUGAGGAUAUGGAAUGUGACCUUUGGCAUGGCUCUAUACGUAUGCGUCUGUAUGACUCUAGAGUCAAGGGCGGCUGAGCGAAUACUGCAGCCUGUACCGCUUUUUGAAGCAUAACACAUGCAUGAUGCAAAUGGUGUUGGGCCAAUUAAUUUGUUUACGCCGCCCUUGUAGAAAUGGGUGUGGCUAUGGGUGUGCUGGUGAAAGUGCGUGUAUACGUCUCUGAUGUGAAGAGGUUGUGCAUUCUUUAAUCUCUUGGUUUUGUGGGCAAAUAUAUAUGAAACUGCGCGUUACGUGCAGCCUACCACCAAGCGACUGGUUCGAUCUGGUUUGUCUCAGCAAUGGCGUUGAUUCCUUUCUUUUGAUCUUUCGCCUUGGAUUCCAUAGGGAUGACCUCACCACCAGUCUACGGGUGUUGGUCGUUUUCAAAAGUUGUAUAUAAAAGCUUGUUUACUAGCAUCCUAGUAUCACAUGUAGAGCACAAAUUUUUUGGAGAGAAUUGUUUGUGCUAAGCAUAGAUGUUGUGAUGCUAACCAGCAACAUCUUCGUUUGUAUUGUCAUGUUUAUGUUGAGUGAAACACUAGGAAUCGCAUUGAGGAACGUCACCCAUUCUUCUAAGGUAUUUAGGUUACUGGCACAUUGAAGUUUGAACAAUUUUUUUUGAAAUUUUUGGGUUUGUCUUGAAUCAUAUAUUAUAGGCUACGAAUACGAGUUGUUGUGGUCGUGACGACGAAAAUGUGAAUACUUUUUGUUUUCGAUCGUCCAUCUUGACGGGAGCAAAAAGCAACCAAACUUGCUCAACGCCAUUUCUCCAUUGGAGGGGAACGAAUAGCAGAACACUGAUAGAGACGGCAACAGAAGGAAGCGUUGCCCGUACAGCUUUAGUUGUCUUACAUUUUACCCACAGAGGUAACGACACGUACUACAUUAAGACCAUGUCUGGAUUUCUUGGACUCGACUCGAGUGGAAAUCUCAUCAGCGAGACUCAAGUACGUUAGUUACUCUAUGAUAGUAAAGAGUAACAUUCGUGCAUGUAUGCACUGUUAUCCGGGUUCUAUAUGGAAAUUUCAGAUUGGUAGGGAAUUUUUGAAAAUGGUACGGCAACGCCCAUUCUUCGUAUUGAUAUCAAUUGGGUCUAUCACCAUGUAUUCCAGUAUUAGGCAAGACUUUGGAAUCGUCUGACUGAGGGAACUUGAAGCAAUAGGAAUCGAAUAUCCUGAUCGAAAUAGCCAAUUUCAAUGGCACGCAGUUGUUGAUCUAGACACACUAGUAGAUGAUCAUGCAAGCAGCGUGUACUCAUCUUCUUCUGACUCUAGCAUGCCAUGCAUCUACUGCAGUAUUGUUGCUAUCGACUUUCCUAUAGUGACGUAAUUGUAAGUCAUAUCUUGGAGGGAAUUCCGUAACAAAAGACGCCUCUAGAAAACCCUGGUCAUGCAUGGACAUGAACAAACAUACAUGUACGUGCAGCCAUAGAAUUUGUAAGAGGCCAAUUAUAUUUAAUUAAUAUUUAUUGUCAUUGUUGCAGUGUACUACACGCUUUCUAGUGACCGCCGCUCGGUGUGAGGAGGAUACUAUUCUCGACGUAGACCGUUCAGCAAAACGUUGCAAGCUGGUGAUAUGCGGUCAUCGCGAGGGGAGUAAGCGUGCGUUCUUUCUUGCUUUUCCCGGCAGUGGUGCGGACCCUGUCGUAAUACUUAAUAAUUCUAAAGUAUGUCGAGGGCGAAAGCAAUUUAUAUCGGCCGUGAGCACGUCAAAAGAAGUCGCAGGAAGAACUCUCGAUCACUUUUAUUUGGACAGACGCUAUCACUUCGAGCUUGUCGCUCCAAAGGAUCAGCCGUCAUGGUUUGACGAAGAUGUGCGAAGAUGUGCGAUGUAACGUGCACUUUUAAAAAAUUAGUGAUAGACUCUUUGCAGUUUAGAUCAUGGAGUAUCAUAGAAACCUGACCUGUCGUAUAUAGUUGUCUGUUGUGAUUGGCUUAUUGAAAUUUUUAAGCGAAAGACGUAUAGUAUAAUAUUCUAGAACGGAGGUAUCUGUAAAGGCGUGCACGUGCCCUCCGAUA